CUGCCCCGCUUAGUGAGGACACUAGUGCCCAGGCGGAGCUGCUGGCCAAGGCACCCAGCGGUUGGGGUCGACCCAGCCGUUGGCGUGCGAUACGCCCGGGCCGCGCGGCGUUUCUGGGACCGACGCCGGCCUGGAGGCCGCUGCGCGCUCCGGCCCGGCCCGGCCCGGCCCGUGGGUCCAAGGGCCGCUGGACGCGCGGUAGGGACUUGGCCGACCUUGGCCCGGGCCGGGUCGCCGUCGCGGGGGUGGAGACGCGUCGUUUUUGGCGCAAGGUGCUGCAUCUGGCUGGGCAUUGGCGCCUUCUGAGACCCUCGUGCACUCUGCCCAGGUGAUCGCCGGGUACCGCUGGGCAAAAGUUUUUCCCUGGCCCAGGACUGCCGGGUCGAGGCCCUGCUCGGAGCCGAGAGGGUCUGCCGAGAGACGGCACGUAAAGACGCGCGCGGCGCGGUGCACGGCCGGCGCCGAAGGGGCUGCGGCGGCGCCGAGGUGCGGAGACCCAGGAAAGGAAACCUCAUACUCCUGGAAAUGGCCUGAUAUGAAGGAGUUACACCUCCAGCCUUCCCUGUGGGUGCCUCGUCUGUCCUUCAGGUGCAGGAGCUGGCUGACACAUCAGGGAUGGACGCCAGUGUGACUAUCCCAAUCUGGCAAAACAAGCCACAUGGGGCUGCUCGCAGUGUGGUAAGAAGAAUCGGGACCAAUCUCCCCCUGAAACCCUGUCCACGGGCGUCCUUUGAGACCCUGCCCAACAUCUCUGACCUGUGUUUGAAAGAUGUACCUCCAGUCCCUACUCUGGCUGACAUUGCUUGGAUUGCUGCAGAUGAAGAGGAAACAUAUGCCCGGGUCAGGAGCGAUACACGCCCUCUGAGACAUACCUGGAAGCCUAGCCCUCUGAUUGUCAUGCAACGUAAUGCCUCAGUGCCCAAUCUGCGUGGGUCUGAGGAGAGGCUCCUGGCCCUGAAGAAGCCAGCCCUGCCUGCCCUAAGCCGUACCACUGAGCUGCAGGAUGAACUAAGCCACCUGCGCAGCCAGAUUGCUAAAAUCGUGGCAGCAGAUGCGGGAAGUUCAAAUGUUUCUUCUCCUUUGCCUUGCUUCGGAUCCUCAUUCCACUCUACAACUUCCUUUGUCAUUAGUGACAUUACUGAGGAAACUGAGGUUGAGGUCCCUGAGCUUCCAACAAUCCCCCUGCUUUGUUCUGCCAGCCCUGAAUGUUGCAAACCAGAACACAAGACUACCUGUAGCUCGUCUGAAGAAGAUGACUGCAUCUCUCUGUCCAAGGCCAGCAGCUUUGCAGACAUGAUGGGCAUCCUGAAGGAUUUUCAUCGAAUAAAACAGAGCCAGGACCUGAGCCGGAGUUUACUGAAGGAAGAAGACCCUGCUGUCCUUAUCUCUGAGGUCCUUAGGAGGAAGUUUGCCCUGAAGGAAGAAGACAUCAGUAGAAAAGGAAACUGACAGCACUGACUGCAAACUGUCUCUUGCUCCUGGACUCCUUCAAUAGCUGCCUUCCUCACCGCAGAUGUCUGUCUGAGAUCAGCAAGUCUUGCUGACUAGGGCUUGGGCUGGAAGAGAAGAGCUGGAUUAUGUGUUGUUACCUGCACUUAAACCUUGGCAGAAGCUAAGGUCUAUGGUUUUUUGAGAUGAGGCAUUUGUUACAGAUAAUUGGGUAGAGUGGAAUAUCUCUGCUUAAGGGGUGAAGUUUGUUUUUCCUUGUCUCUGAAAACUAAGCCCUCAAUGAAUGACUUAAUUAACUCAC